UAGAUGCAUUAUAGUGUAGUAGUACAACAUUAUGUCACAAAAAUCUUGCAUAGAACUUAAUGAGAUACGUAAAUUGGACGAAAUUCUACGUCAGUGUGAGAUUUACGUAUCGAAGAACAAACAGACUCCUCUACUAGAGACACGUAAAAAGAAAUUUGCUCAUCAGAUCUUAACCUCUACCAAGCUGCAAAAAUUUGUGGAACGUGAACUUUUCUCGCUUAUGUGCACCGCCAACAAAAUGAAUAAGAAAAGUAUAUUUGUUUCCGACAUUCUAAUGAACUCCAAUUUGUUGUCCUACAAAGAUGAAAAUGGCAAAUAUUUUUUACGCAACAAUUUCCAAAAGACCCCGAAUAACUUUCGUAUGUACCAUAAAAUAGUACGUUCGAAUAUUGAGGAUGACGAGGAUGAGUUCAUGUAUCGUAAGUGUGCUAAAAAGGAAAUUUCACAGAAUUGUUUGGAAAACAUUAAAAACUGUUUGCAUGAGAAUCUAAAGCAGGGCAAGAAAUAUGGCUCGAACACCUAUGAAGCCAUACAGCAUAAACGGAAACAACAACUUAGCAAGCAACAACAAGAACAGGAACAUGAACAACAGCAGCUGCAGAGGGCACAGCAACAACAACAGCAACAAUUGCCUUCACAAGUCCAACAUGCCCAUUCGCAUUUAACGUCAUUGGAAAACUGUACGAUGAAAACAAUGAGACAACCUAUGGAAACAGUGGUCGGUGUAGGACCCGGUAUAUCCUGUGAUAAAUGUGAAAAACAACGCCAUAAAGCGGUACUUAUACAGACCGGUUCCGAUAACAUCAGUGAAAAGAGUCGCAAGUUCAAUAAAACAGAGGCUCCUUAUGCCAGCAAAGAUCAUGGUUUUUCGAAAUCUAUAGCGCAAAGCAGCUGCCAGACUACGCCUGAGGAAAAACGAAAAAAUCUCAACAACAACAGCAAUAGUCGCUAUAAAUUCUCCUCGCAAAUAUUUGGCCGCAAACUAUCGUCAAAACAUGUCAGCGAACAUGGUGAGGACACAUUAGAUAAGGAGGCUUUAUUAAGUCCAAAAAUUGAGAUUAAAUUUCCAGAUCCUGUUGAGACGGUUUUGUCGCUGGGGGCAAAUGUUUUGCCCGAACAUAAAAAUAUGACCGCUAAGACACAUCGUUGGACUAUUUUACAUUAUUCCCCAUUCAAGGCUGUCUGGGAUUGGAUCAUUUUGAUUUUGGUUAUGUAUACGGCAAUAUUUACACCAUACGUAGCUGCAUUUUUAUUGGGUGAACAAGAUUAUCAGAGACGUACCAAUAAGUAUAUUAACAGUGAUCCUAUAGUUAUUGUGGAUCUUAUAGUUGAUGUCACAUUUAUUGUUGAUAUAUUAAUAAAUUUCCGUAACUUUGUUAAUGGGCAAGAUGAAGUCGUUUCGCAUCCGGGUCGCAUAGCAGUCCACUACUUAAGUGGUUGGUUCUUAAUCGAUUUAGUUGCGGCCAUACCAUUUGACUUACUCUUGGUAGGCAGUGAUACGGACGAGCUUGGCUUGGAUAAUGAAGAGACUACAACACUGAUUGGUCUAUUGAAAACAGCACGUUUGUUGCGUUUGGUAAGAGUUGCGCGUAAAAUCGAUCGUUAUUCGGAAUAUGGAGCAGCAGUUUUGGUAUUACUGAUGGCUACUUUUGUCCUAAUUGCCCAUUGGUUGGCUUGUCUAUGGUAUGCUCUUGGUAAUGCUGAACGUAUAAUGUUAUCAAAAAAUAUAGGCUGGUUACAUACUUUGGGAAAUGAUAUUGACGAACCCUAUUUUGAAAAUAAAACCGGUGGUCCUUCUAUCAAGUCCCGGUAUAUAACCGCGCUAUAUUUUACAUUUACAUCCUUAACCUCGGUGGGAUUCGGUAAUGUGGCUCCAAAUACAGAUGCAGAGAAAAUUUUUACAAUAUGUGUUAUGUUGGUGGGAUCCUUAAUGUAUGCUAGUAUUUUCGGUAAUGUUUCGGCCAUUAUACAACGAUUGUAUUCGGGUACAGCCCGCUAUCAUACACAAAUGUUAAGAGUGCGAGAGUUUAUAAGAUUUCAUCAGAUACCCAAUCCUUUAAGGCAGCGUCUAGAAGAAUAUUUCCAACAUGCCUGGACCUAUACCAAUGGCAUUGAUAUGAAUUCCGUUUUAAAGGGCUUCCCGGAAUGUCUACAGGCUGAUAUUUGUUUACAUUUGAAUCGUAAAUUGUUACAAAAUUGUCCUGCAUUUUCCGGUGCUAGUCCUGGUUGUUUAAGAGCGUUAUCACUAAAAUUUAAAACCACUCAUGCGCCGCCUGGUGAUGUUUUGGUGCAUAAGGGUGAUGUUUUGACCUCUUUGUUCUUUAUAGCCAGAGGAUCAAUAGAAAUUCAAAAGGAAAAUACAACUAUAGUUAUAUUGGGUAAAGAUGAUAUAUUUGGUGAAAAUCCAUGUAUCUAUCCCAACAUUGGUAAAUCAAAUGCAAAUGUACGUGCCUUGACCUAUUGUGAUUUGCAUAAAAUACAUCGAGAUGAUCUCUUAGAUGUACUGCAUUUGUAUCCCGAAUUUUUCGAUAGUUUUGUGAAUAAUCUAGAAAUCACUUAUGUGAUGAGAGAUGAAUUCACAUCUGGCGUUGAUGUGAAACAUAAAUAUUUACGAGUUAAAUCGAUGGAUAAAGAACGCAGUACCAGUGAUAUGAAUUCAAUAAGAAUUGUGGGUCUUCAAUUUAAGACUAACAAUAAAUCAUUCGUGCGUGAUGGUGCUCAGAAAGACACGCCCGAUGUUAAUUUUUAUGUGGGCAAAGAUAGUAACAAUUACAAAUAUGGAGCAAAUAAAAGUGAUUACUUUUAAUAUUUAAGUGAUUAAAGUAUUUAUUAUUAGAAAUAAGUGAAUUAAGUGAAAAAAGCAAAUUGAAUAAAUUUUAAAUUUAAUGGCUCAAUUAGAAUGAAAGCAUAUUAUCCAAAAGUAAAUGGAACAAAAGCAAAAGGUUAUUAAAUAAAAAAAUUAACAUUUUAUUACAACAAAUUUUAAUAUAAAGCGACAAUAGUUAGACAAACAUAAUAUAAAAAAAAAUACUUUUUUAAAGCGUUCAUGUUUUUAAAAUUCAAUAAAAUCAAAAGAAUAAAUUAAAUAAAAUAAAAAUUUUUACAAAUUAUUUAAUUGAAAUUGAACUCAGUCUUAAAUUUCCAAUUUUAAAUUUUAGGUUUAUUAAAGUUUAAUAUCUAAAUACUCAUACUACUACCACUACUACUACUAAUACUAUUGUGCAAUAAAUCUUAAUAUAAAUAUUUUUAUUAAUAAUCAAAAUUCAAAU